UAUGUAGCAUGUAUUGAGCAACACAAAGCUGUAUCGGGAGUUUCUCAUGUUGCUCUACAAUUUCCUCCUUGACACUUUUCAUUUAGUUAUAAUAUUGGAAAGUUAAUUAAGACUGUGUUUUAGCAGAAUGCAAAAAUAAUCUGAGCAGCUCCUAGCGAUGGCAUAUUUCAAAGUUCCGCAUAUUUUCAAAGUUUGGCUGAGGUUAUGUGAAACACCCUGUAUAGUGCCUCAAAAAUAAAUGUACAUGCAUAAAUCUUCAGGCAAUGAUGCUUGCCAUGGUGAUGACGACGACGAUGCAGCCUCACCUCGACUGGACCUGCCUGCACCGCCCUCUGCACCAGCUCAUGAGAGCAUCACUGGCUCAUCCCUGGAGCCACUUGCAUACGGAGGCCCUGAGGAGAUGAUGCCGGUGAUGCUGCGGGUGCUGCGGGUGCAGCUAGAGGACCCGUACCAUGCCUCAACCUGGCCAGCGUACGGUGCCUGCGAGUCUUCCUCGGCUGCCUGCCAACAGCUUGGAGGAACUAGAGGCAGCCGAGGCAGCGGUAGGCGAUGAGACUGUGGCUGCCACUUUG